GGAGGAAAAACACGGGGGAUGCAAAAUCAGAAUCGUUUGACCCUUCCUCUCUCGUUUGUUAUCUUUUUUUUGGGUCAGAUCUCUCGUCUGUUAUCGGAGUGCCAUAAUAUCGAAGGAAGGAGAAAACUCCGAAUUGUCCUCGUAUCUCAGCCGCCUUCACUGUUUUACACAUUACAAUCUCCAGCAUAUAGGUGCAGUAUCCAUAAAAUACAGUGCUUUGAGUGUCUGGGAAGUUGACCAGCAGGACUGCUGUAUUGAGAAUGACGUUCAAGGUUUUCUUCGAUAUUUGAGAUAUUGAGAAUACGAUGGCCUCACCAGUCCUAAAUUUUUUAAACACUACGUUAAAUUGGAUGACAUUGGCUUUAGACGCUCCUUCUGCUCGAGCUGUGGUUUUUGGUUUUCAUAUUGGCGGACAUUUAUUCGUGGAAGGUCUUCUUCUGGUGGUCAUCCUUUUCCUGCUUUCGCAGAAAAGUUACAAGCCUCCUAAACGGCCCUUAACAGAAAAGGAAAUAGAUGAGCUGUGUGACGAAUGGGUUCCAGAACCCCUUAUUCCUCAUGUUAGUAAAGAGAUGCAGUAUGAACCACCGGUGCUAGAGAGUGCUGCAGGGCCACAUGCCAUAAUUAAUGGUAAAGAAGUUGUGAAUUUUGCUUCAGCAAACUAUCUUGGGUUGAUAGGUCAUAAGAAGCUGCUUGACUCCUGCUCUUCUGCUCUUGAGAAAUAUGGUGUUGGUUCUUGUGGUCCUCGUGGGUUUUAUGGAACAAUUGACGUGCACCUUGACUGUGAAGCCAGAAUAGCAAAGUUUUUGGGAACCCCUGAUUCAAUUCUCUACUCUUAUGGACUUUCCACCAUGUUCAGUGCAAUUCCUGCUUUCUCUAAAAAAGGAGAUAUUAUUGUUGUGGAUGAAGGAGUCCACUGGGGGAUACAGAAUGGGCUUUAUCUUUCUAGAAGCACAGUGGUGUAUUUCAAGCACAAUGACAUGAAUUCUUUAAGAGAAACUCUGGAGAAAAUUAGUACAAGAAGCAAGCGAGCCAAGAAAGUGAGGCGUUAUAUUGUUAUUGAAGCUGUCUACCAGAAUUCUGGCCAAAUUGCACCCCUGGAUGAGAUCAUUAGAUUGAAGGAGAAAUACCGUUUCCGUGUUUUGUUGGAUGAGAGCAACUCAAUCGGUGUGCUUGGAAGUUCUGGAAGGGGUCUCACUGAAUUUUAUAAAGUUCCAGUUGAGAAGUUAGAUAUUAUAACUGCUGCUAUGGGACAUGCAUUAGCCACAGAAGGAGGAUUCUGCACUGGAAGUGCAAGAGUUAUAGAUCACCAGCGACUGAGUAGUUCUGGCUAUGUCUUUUCUGCUUCACUUCCUCCAUAUCUUGCUAGUGCCGCAAUUACAGCUGUUGACAUUUUGGAGGAAAAUCCCAAUCUUAUUACUAAGUUGAAAAAUAAUGUUGCUAUAUUGUGGAAAGGAUUAUCGAAUAUAACAGGCUUAACAAUAGCGAGUAAUCCAGAGUCGCCAAUUGUUUAUUUGAGAUUAGAGAAGUCAACCGGUUCCAUGAAAGGCGACCUGUCUUUGCUUGAAGAUAUUGCCGAGCGUGUUUUGAAAGAAGAUUCUGUAUUUGUGGUCACUUCCAAGAGAUCAACCUUGGACACAUGUCGGUUGCCUGUUGGAAUUAGAUUAUUUGUUUCUGCAGCGCAUUCAGAAUCCGAUCUUCAUAAAGCAUCUGAAUCAUUGAAAAGGGUUGCAGCAUUAUUGCUGAGUGAUCGUAAUUGAACGCGGCACAUUCUCCGGUUCUUGCCCUGUACUGAAGCAUCUAAACAUCAAGUACCGUCUCCAUGGCUUGUUGAGCAAAUUUGAGAUGCAAGCGGAUUUUUUUUUUUUGGGGGGGGGGGUGUUCUGUGGUUGUUGAUAAUUUAUGCAAUUUUUAGAAUUCGAUAUUUCAUGGUAUCCAUAUUUGUGUUGCCUGAUGAACUUAGAUGUAGAAUAAGGGGUGCAUGGCUUCUACUCAUGAGCAUUCGGUAAAAGGCCCAAGAAAGAAUGACAUCCAGAUGUCGCUCCUUCUCCUAAUGGUGCUAUAUUUUGUUAAAAAAAUGAUAAUAAAAACAAAGAAUUAU